GUGUGUUCAGUGCCGAGGGAGGGAAGCAGGGAGGAGUUUGGCUCAGGCAGCUCUUGCAUUCAGUUGUCCGCCUUUAUAAUGUAGCCAGGACGUCACAGCCAUGCACUGUAACACAAGAAGUUAAAGAGGCAGAGGGGAAGCAGCCACCCCUCAACUUCUAGCCCUUAACAAAGGCAGAGGCAGGCAGGGAUCUGUCAGGAGAAACAGGCGCCGAGAGGAGAGGAAAACACAACUCGGGGGGGGGGGGCUCGGAGAGAUCCAGGGAGGCGCAAUUAAUGGAGGAGGAACGUUUUGAGGAGGCGAGGGAGGGGGCAGUUGAGCUCAGGCGGCCCCAGCGCUGCCCUAUUGGAUUACGUGGGGAUCUCGUUGCUGGUGCAGCAUAGUGGCGUGCAAGGCCCUUCUUUCUGUCUGGCCAAAUUUCUGUCCUUGGUUACAUGCCGACAACCUCAUUGAAAUUGGAGGGGUGUAACUAAGGGUGAUGCCAGGAUGUCCUUAUCCACAUCCUUGAUGCUGCCUGCCCAUGCACUCUUAAGGGGCACAUCACUCCUGAGAGCCUCCACUCCCUGCUACACUCAGGAGCCAUCUAGAUGCUGGGAUGAAGUGACAGCCAGGAGACCUGGUCACACACACAAUACCUGGGAUUACUAGAGCUGAAAGGAAUUAGUGCUUAUUGCCAUCCGCUUCCAGAACAUACAUGAAUAAAGUGACAGCCCGGACUCUUUCGAGCAAUUGAUAGGGGAAACUUUAACCUGAGAAUGAAGAGGUAAACACUCAACAGAACCGUAUGAUUGAAACCACAGCCCAGCCCUCUGCUGUUGGACAAGGCUUUGUCCUUUUGCCCUGUACGACUGAUGUUGCAGUAGUUCAGAUGGAUCGCAGCAAGGAGGCAGAGAUGGAAUUACGAAGAUCCUCUAGUCCUAGCAAGAUAAACAAGAACGACAUUGAUGGAGACAAGUCCAUGUGCCACAGCUGCUGCAUCUGUGGCAAGAGUUUUCCUUUUCAGAGCUCCCUGUCUCAGCACAUGAGGAAGCACACAGGAGAGAAGCCCUAUAAAUGUCCUUACUGCGACCACAGAGCUUCCCAAAAGGGCAAUCUGAAGAUACACAUUCGGAGUCACAGAACAGGCACUUUAAGUCAGGGGCAUGAGGUGGAGAUGGGAGAAGCACAGCUUGGAGAGAUGGGAGUCUCAGAAGGCCUUGACGGAUGCACCAGCCCCACCAAAAGUACAUCUGCCUGCAACAAGAUUCUGAAUGGAGCAACCCAGGCAGACAACAGCAAGAUUUUAUUGAGAAGCAGCAAGAAGGAGGUUGUCACCGAGGCACCACCUGCAGAAGAUGGCAAGCUACCCACUUAUCUGUGCACCUUCUGCAAAAACAAGUUUGAGAGAAAGAAAGACCUGGAACAGCACCUACAUCAAGUCCAUAAGCCAUACAAAUGCAGGCUUUGUAACUACAUGACAUUAAGAGAAGAGACGCUGUUAAACCAUAUAGAGAAAGACCAUAUUACAGCUCAAAUUCCAAAUGGGGAAGCUUACACCGAGAAUUGCAAGAGUGAGCUGAAUGCAGGGGAAUUUCCUUGUGAAGUCUGUGGUCAGGCCUUCAGUCAAACCUGGUUUCUCAAAGCUCACAUGAAAAAGCAUAGAGGAUCGUUUGAUCAUGGAUGCCACAUUUGUGGCAGAAGAUUUAAAGAGCCCUGGUUUCUCAAAAACCACAUGAAAUCACACGGUCCAAAGACGGGGAGCAAAAACAAACCAAAAAAUGAUUUAGAGCCCAUAGCCACUAUUAAUAAUGUGAUUCAGGAGGAAACAAUUGUGACUGGCUUAUCUCUGUAUGAAGUUUGCACCAAGUGCGGGAAUCUGUUUACAAAUAUGGAAAGCCUAAAAGCACAUAAUGCUGUACACUUCAGAGCUCAAAGAAGCAGUACUGAGAACAAAGGUGAGGGGUUAAUUGAUGGAAGCCCAGAUCCAUCUGUAAAUAAGCAAUUUUUCUUACAGUGCCUGAAUCUGAGGUCUGCUGUAGGGAUAGAUAGAGUUACAAGAGGACAGCCUGGAAAAAGGGUAGCUGAGCUGGAUCCAGUCAGUAGCUACCAGGCCUGGCAGCUGGCCACCAAAGGAAAAGUAGCAGAGCCUUCUGAGUAUGUAAAAUAUGUGGGAUGGGAUGAAGUCCUUGCUGAUGCAGAUGUGACUUAUGACAAGGAUAAAAGAGAAUAUAUUCUGGUCAGCCAGGAGAAGCGCAAGCGAGAUCAGGAUUCACCCAGCUCCUCCAGCAACCCCAAGAAGAAAAGCUGUGUCAGUGGGCGCUUGGAGAAGAACAGCAAUGUGCAACAAGGAGAAAACUGUAUCCUUGCUCAGAGCGACCUGGACUACAGACCCUCCUCAAGGCAGAGCAGAAGGGCAUCCCAAAACAAGUCCACUGAGUGCUUUGAGUGUGGAAAGAUUUUCCGCACGUACCACCAAAUGGUGCUCCAUUCGCGGGUGCACAGGAAAGAACGCAGGAGCUGCAGUGAGAGUGGGACCAUUGCUCAGCCAGACCGGUAUGGAUCCAGCAGUGAAGAAGGGGAUUCUGGUUCUGUUAGUGGGCCAAGCACUCCAGGCUCAGCGUCUGCCCCAGAAGAUUCUGUGACCUCUGGAAUGGGUGAGGAGGGUGCUGAGGACAGCUUUGAGGAAGGAGUACCUGAACCAUCACUAGGUAAAAAGCCAUACCACUGCAGUUUUUCUGAAGAGGGGGCACCAAUGGUAACAUCUCGGGUAGAAGAGCUUCCUAAAUUUGGAAGUGACAAUGCCAGAGAAAAAGAUGCCAAUGAAUCUAAACCAGAGCUAUCAACUUUGGUAUCUACCCUGGAAAACAAUAUCAAACGGCCUUUUCCAAAGUAUGAAGCUCAGAGAAAUUCUUCAGACUUAAAGAUGCCAGCUUUUCAACCCAGCCAAGAGCUUCCUUGCUCCAGUAGCACUGCUGACUUUGCUUCAGGAGUGGGCCAGACACCUUUAGAUGCAGCAGUAGACUUGAAAAACUCAUUGGAAAAGCAGGCUAGUCACCCUAAAGAAAAUUUCUCAGACUUGCACAAGGAGCACCCUGUUCUCGAAAAAGGUAGAGAGGCACAAGAAAUGGUUCCACUAGACUUAAGUGAAAAAUCAACGAGGGCUGAUUCAUGCAAUAAGGGCUUUACCUCAUCUUCGCAGGCUGAUUUGAUUGUCCACCCAUGUCCUUACUGCAAUCAUAAGACCUAUUACCCUGAAGUCCUGUGGAUGCACAAAAGAAUUUGGCACAAAGUCAGCUGUAACUCGAUGGCUCCACCAUGGAUUCAACAAAAUGGAUUCAAGAGUAUAAAAAACAACUUGGUUUUUCUGGCAAGAAGUGGACGCACUGGUCCUCCUCCUUCCCUUGGUGGUAAAGAAUGCCCACCUUUGCCUGUUGCCAGGUUUACACGCACUCAAGUACCAAGUGCGUUGCCAGGAUCCAAAAGCAAUUCUUCCCCUGUUGGGAUGACUAUAAAGCCUGGUAGUAUCCAUCAGUCUAAAGACAGCCAUUCAUUUGGCCACUGCGGUCCACGGUCAUCAGGUCUUGAUGGGUACAGGCAGCCCAAAUCAAACCAUACCCAGGAGCAACAUAGCAUAGCAGUACAACAGCCUCAGCUUAAAGCUAAAUAUGAAGUAAAUGCUAAACUGAUGCAAGCCGGAAGCUUUAGCAGAAGCCUAACACCCACUCAGACAGUCGUAUCAAGGCUCACCUCACAGCCUGCCAACAGUAAACAGGUGGAGAAGUAUAUGAUUCCCCAAGGAAGUGCUGGUUUCCCCCCUUCAAGUAAGCAUUGUGCAUCUGACCCCAUAAAAGCCAAAUUCAACCCGCCGCCUCAGUAUCACCCUUUGUGUAAAACUGAGCAGUACAAUAAACAUGAAGAUCUGUCAGUGCCUCAGUGGGAAUCUCACACCAAGGCUGGGAAUGAGAUGAGGACAUUGGCAAACUGCACAACAGGAACAAGAGCGAGUCCACUAAUGCAGCCUCAGCCUAGCACAGCAGGAGCUUCUCCAGCUUUACACUCCAUCAAACAAGAACCAGCAUCAGAGGGGCACGAGAAACGUUUGGACAUUUUUUUUAAGACCUACAUUCCAAAGGACCUUGCUUCAUUGUACCAAACCUGGGGUGCCAAUAGCCCUGUGCUGGAUCAUGCAGGGAUGCUUAGGACACAAACACGCCAAGGAGACUAUGUCUGCAUAGAAUGUGGAAAAUGCUUUAACCAGCACAGUCACUUCCGGACUCAUAUGAGGUCCCACACAGUGGUAUUUGAGUCUAAUGGACUCCGAGGUACUGAAGUUCACACCACCUCCUCAGAUGCCCCAAAACAACAGAUGAAUCAAUUAAUGGACCGCCGUCUACCGAAUUUGCAUGUGCAAAUGCAGGGGAGAGACCAUUCCAAUGCAGAUAUUGUCCAUACAGUGCCUCUCAGAAAGGGAACCUAAAAACACAUGUGCUGUGUGUGCACCGGGUACCCUUUGACAACACCCAGUACCCUGAUCGGCGAUUCCAACAACCUCAACACGAUGAUCCCAACAGCCCUAUAGAAGAACAGCUGGAAAACUUCCCUAUAAGCCAUCAAAUCUCUGGAGUCACUGUGCUAGAGUGAAAACAGUGCUCUGCUAGAAUGGAGAUGCCUCUGCACUGUUAAUCAUUUUAAAAUAAAUGAAGAUGCUACACAAGAUAUAUAUAAAUUGACGUACUAAUCAGUCCCAUGGUUCCUUAUUUCCUUUGUAAUAAACAGUGGAGUUGGCAAGCAUUGUGGCAGUGCAAGGCAUCUAUAUUAAUCAAGAUAAGUUUGAGACACUGGAAUAAUUAAACUGUAUGUGAUUUGGACAGCGUGAAGAAUUUAAGUACUGUAACAAAAACCUCCCUGAUGCUCAGAAUGACUAUUUGAUACAUUUGAAAAACAGCAGUGGAUUUGGGGCCGAACAAGUAUUAAUUAAUGAAACUGCUACUGCUUGUCAUGCGGAAAAGUAAACUUUUUAAAAGGAGGAGUGGGAGGGGAAAAGAGGUAGCAUUUGGUGCUUUGGAGAGCAGUGCUUGAUGAAGGACUAAAGAGAAGACCAUCAUUCUACAAUGGUUUGUUUCAUUACAGUUGGGGACCACUUGCAUUUCUAAGUCUCUUGUUCUUGACUGCGCACCAUUAAUAGUAUGUGAAUAUGGAAAUUGAAACACUUCCACAGAAAUGCUUAUAUUCUGCUUUGGAAAAGAAAAAGCUGGUUCAACACUAAGAAAAACAGGCUUUGGUGUUUUACUCUCAGGACCUUUUUUGUAACAGGGCUACUUUCUUUGACCUGAUCACAAAGGAAGUCUGCACAUUUUAAAAAAUUAUUCAGCUGUUUAAAGCCGCUGAUCUGUACGUUUUUAAUAGAAAAGGAGUCGCUGAACAAGUUCAGGCUGACCUAGGCCCUUAGGGUACUGUACACUCCUGUAUUUUUGUUCGGCAAGCCAGUUACCCUUCCUUUCUGGGCUUGGUGACAUUUUGAAAAGCUGAGUAACUUCUUUUGUGGUGGCAGGUUAAUGUUCAUAUAAUGUGUCAUGUCUUGUAUUUGGUGAUCACUGGUGGUGUUAGGGGGGAAAAAGAGCUUUAUAUACCUCUUCUACAGUAACUCUUUUAAAUGCAAGUUUUCAAGGUGGAGGUUGUGGCACAUAGGUUGGUAAACCAUGAAGUGUAAGCAAUUAAAAAAAUGUAUUCCACAGAUAUAAAUAUUUUCUUUUCUCAUUGCUGUGACACUAUGUGUGAUGGUAAUAUUUCUGAGAGUUUCAGAUUUUGCACAUAUAAUUUUAUGCAUUAUCAAAAGUUACUGCUGCCUUGAAAGAAAAUGUUCUGUGAAAUUUUUUGCAAAAGCUUUACUAGGUUUUUUUUUUAAUUGUAACAUUUUGUAAAGGCAGGAAAUGGAUUAAAAAAAAUCGCAUGCUAAUUAUAUUUUUCAAAAAAAGCAAUAAUUUUACAUGUACAGAAAUGAUGCUAACCUUUAAUACCGGCGAGAGCAACAGUUUACUUAAUACGAUAAUGGAAUAGUGCUGUUUUUGUAGUAAACGGGCUUCUGACACAAAGAUUUGUUUAAAAAAAAAACAAAAACCAUAAAGCGUGAUUUUUUCUGUUCUAACAAUUUUUUUUUGUUUGUUUGCUUGGGUUUUUUUUAGGGUUUUUUUGUUUGUUUGUUUGUUUUUAAACCUAGUCAAUAAUUGGUUCUGGCUACUACUUGUUACUUGUUGUGAAUUACUUGACAGUUCUUGUUACUUUGCAACACUCACAAACAUGCAAAUAUAACUUUCUUAUGUAAUUUUUUUUACUAAUUUUUUCUCAUACUUUUACACCAGAUGUAUACCAGAAUUCUCUGUAGUCCUGGUGUAGUUAGGAAUGUCUGUGCAAAUACUUACAAGUGACUGUCAUUGACUGUUUUGUAAAGUUAUUUUGAGGGAAGUCGCCAGACACAUUCCACUGUGUACACGAACACAGACACAUGCACACAAAAUUGCUGUGUGGAUUAAUGAUUGAUCAUCAUUUUGGGGUUUGCACUAGCUUUUUUUUUUUUUCGGUUGCUUUCUGAGUCAUAUUUUUCUUGGAUGAAAGUAAUGAUGACAGUUCAGGAAUGCACAAAAGCUAGUUGCUUAUCCUAUUUGUUUGUGUUUUAGUUAUUAAAAUCUCUUCUGUACCCAAAAUGGCACAAAAGUGUAGUGUACAUUUGUAAUUUUUUUUUAUUUUUUCCUGUUAUGCAAGCUGAUAUGGAAAAUCAUAGUUAAUAUUUAGAGCAAAUGUUGCUUUCUGGAACCUUUUUUCCAGCGUACCUGACAGAGGAGAGGAUAGUGCUGUCGCUGCCAUUACCAGGGUACUAAUCAGCAAAGUUACAAUCAUAAUUUAGCUACAUGAAGAACAACAGUAAGGGAAAUCAGUUUAAAUAAUUAUAUGCUGUGUAUAGCACAGAAAUGAGAUUUUCACAUAAUUAAACAAGGAAUGGGAGGAGUGGGUUGGGGAAAGCCAACCUCAAAGACCAGCCAUUUUCAGAUGUGAAUCCUAGGCUUUCUUGUUCCUUCUUUAUCAUUGUAUUGUAUUGCUUUUUUAAUUCAGUUAGACCAUAAUAUUUAAAAUGAUUUGUGUUCCUUAUUUAUUUAGUUAAUUGGUUUUGAUCAGCUUUUUUAAACAGCAUGAUGAUUUUUUAGCAUGACACACUCCUGUAAGCCAUCUUCUGACUGUUACAGACUUUCUACUACCUCUACAAAUCUACUGUUUCCUCUCCUUGACAGGUUUUUACAGUGUUGCAGUCUAAUGUAACUUAGCCAAUAAAGGGUAUGAUUAUCUAUA